AUGUUCAGCUCGUGGGAUCUCGUGCGACCUCGCUUCUGGUACCCUAUGUCCUCGCUGGAACAGUCCAUGAUGGAGCUCGAGCAGAUGAGCGACAUGAUGAUGCGUCCGCAUUUCCCGUUCUACACCCGCCGAGCAGUGUAA